ACAGAACGGCGGUGUAGGAAGCCAAUCAGUCGUACAGAAACACAGUUCGUUCUUCGAGUUCUUCAGCGGCGUCUGACUGCGGACUAGUCGUGAUUUUACGCUACUGUUGAAACGGUUUUUCCAUUGCCAUUGAACGGGUUUUCGAGACAAUCGGGAGUUUUUUUCCAGUGGAUUGAGAUGGGGGAGUUAGUUAGGAUGAGGACUAUUAUAAUAUUGAACUUCCUAAUUUUGGUCACACGAGCGGAUCCAUCGCCAGAGAAGUCCUCCGGCAAUGCCAUAACUGGUUCCAGUUCCGAGGAACCCCCUGAGGGUUAUUACGCCUUCGUGGAGUCUCCAAAUGCCGAACCUCCAACCGUUAGACCUCCUCCCUACACAUUCGCCAACGUGGACUGUAGGGAGGAUAGCGAUAAGACACCCCACAUGUCCCACAACAACUUGUGCGGAGAUCUCAACAAGGGUUUCAUCCCUAGGAACCCGAUGGGGCAAAAUAUUCUUGGAACGGCAUAUCCCUUUGAACUGAUAAGGAAUAUGACCCUGAAGUACUUAAGCAGGACAUUACCUAUUCUCAAAGCAGACGAAACAUUGCCAAAAGUUGCUCAACUCCAAGACGACUUGAUUUCACAGAACACUAUUUCCGGUACCAAUGAUCGCAUGAAGCGAGAAGUCAAACCAGAUGAAGCCAAGAAUGAAACAGAGUCCGAACAGCGAAGACAAUCUCGAAAGUUCUGCGACCAGGGAGGUGUUUUCUGCAUGCUCUACAAAGCCAUAAACGGAGAAUCUCACUCCCAACCCACCACAGUCUUACAAAGCACGGGACAUCUGCCGUUAGAGAGGAGAGAUGAGAAUGGGGGUCCACCACCAAGGUACGAAGGUCCCCCAACGCCCUGUCCAGCAAAGGUGGAGUACGCAACUCCGGUGUUUGCCAAGAACUACCAGGGAGUGUGGAGAUACGUGGUUCAAAUCCCUUACGAAGGGUAUUUUACACAAACUAUAGAAGUGACGAGAUGCCUGCAGUCUCGAUGCCACUACUUGGAUGGUGGUUGUCUUUCAUCCCCUAGAUGGUCCAGUUUAUUGGUAGCAGAGAUAUUUUAUCCUGAUACCGUACUCAGCAGCAGUGAUACUGCAAACCCUCAACGAAGUCCAGUAGCUGCUUCGCAGCCCCCUUCUGUGCAAGAUUUCCAGAACUACCAGCAAUACCUACACAAAAGGGCAGGUUUGCAAGCAGCUCCAGCAGAACACACUACCACUGCAAGGCCAACGCAUUGCGAUGGAGUGGACGCUUUGGGAUGCUUCCAGGUCAGGCUUUAUUAUGACUGGUUCCUGAUUCCCGGUUCCUGCAAAUGCUGGAGGCCAGACUAUUUCAACAAAUACGUCAGAAGAAAAUCGCCAACUCAAGAUUUAUAGACUAGAUAACCUGAUAAAAUAGAAUUUUUUGGGUGGCGCCCUCUAUAAAUGAGCCGAGUAAGUAUGGCUAUUUUUAGCUUCAAAACGCCUUGUUGGAGCUUCUAAUCGAGGCUUCGAAUAAUGAGACUCUCCCUAAAUGAGUUCGACAUAAGAUAAUACCUACGAGACUGUUUGAUUUUAAUGCAUGUAAUGAUUUUUUACUGAUUCAAGGCAAUAUGUACAUAUUUUGUUAUGAUUGUGAAGUAAAAUGUUUUGAUAAUUUGUGAAUUGUUAAGAUAUUUCGCUUUCAACUUGGGCAGAAAAGGACAAAUUUAAUUAUAUGAAUUUAUGAUUGUAAGAUUAUAUACUGAAUUAAACAAAACGAAACGAAA